ACAAACAGGAAGAAAGACAGAGACGUAAGGCACGUACAGGUGAGACACAGAGAUGGAGCAGAGGAGCCUGGAGGAGCUGCACUUUAAUGAUGUGCUCAGCAGGUUCCAGUCCAAAGAGUUCUUCCAGUCUGACUGGGACAUCGCCUCGUUCGCCGUCUUCUUCAUCUUCAUCGGGAUGGUUCUGCUGCUCUUCAUCCUUGUGUUGAUUCGUUGCUGUUGCUGCUGCUGCUGCGACGAAGACAAGCCGCGGCGACACAAGGUCGGAAUCGACAACUAUGCACUGGAGCCGUGAACGACCCCGCUGCACCUCCACAGUCUACACCUGCUACACCUCCUCCACCCCCUCCACACCCACUGCUCCUCCUCCACCCGCUGCACCUCCUCCACCCGCGGCCAAAUCACUGCUUUGUUGAUUUUAUAUGAAAUGACUCUGAAUAAUAUGUUGAUCUAAACAUGUGAGUCUCCUCCUUCUCGUCCUGCUCUGACCCACACUGAGCUCAGACUGAUGCUACUUCAGAAUAAAAUUACUGAAGUACAAGUACACAUCAGGUCCAAGAAAUUAGUCAAGUAAGAGUUAAAAGUAUUUGGUAAAAGUAGGACUUGAGUAAAGUGACUCGAGUUAUUAAAGUUCAAAACAUUAAAUAUGCAAAUAUCACAAACACUUCUGUUUUAUUUUCAACUUAAAACUUCUGUCGUGUUUUUCCUCAAAGUGGGAAACAAAACUUUUACUCAAGAGUACCAUUAUUUCAAAAUAUUACUCAAGUACUGUGAGUACUGUGAGUACUACCCACCUCUGAGAAGUUACUUUAUUAUCAUGAAGUCCAUUUAUGUUUCACUUUUAUUCUGUCUAAUAAAAGAGUAGAAUUAUGUAUUUUUGAUGUUUUAUGAAAUAAACUUUGU